UGAGUGUGUGGGGUGUGGGGGUGGGGAUGUGAGUGUGUGUGUGUGUGUCUGUAUGUUUGUGUGUGAAUGGAGCAAUCCUUCUUCUUCCUUGAGACUUUAAGGUAGUACUGGGGACUGGCUCACCCAUGCCUAGGGAUGAUUGGCCCAUUGGUGACCGCCAGGCAAAUGAACAUAGAGAGACUGAAAUCCCCUGGUCAGUCCCUCCCCCAACCCUGUGGGCACAGACCAAUCUGAGGAAUCCAGAGAGAGAAAGGAGAGUAAGGAGGGACAAGCUAACCUCAAGGACAGAGAGGCAGUGAGGACUGGCCAGACGACCAUCCCUAAACACAUCUAGAGUAUGAUUCCCUGCUUUUCCCCACACCCCCCAGGAUCAGGAUCCCCUUCCCUGCCACUGCAUUUCUCAUAAUCCUCCUCAUUUCCCUGCGGCUCCCCAGCCUUUUUAUCUUCCCAAAAGACUAGGGAUGGAGUCUCUCGAUUUUUUUUUUCCACAGACACAGGCCAGGAGACUUCGUCCCUUUCUUCCUAGGUCUGCUUCUUGACGAUGGUAGGAGCUUCUGCCCAGAGGCCAAUUGGGUCUCUUCUAGUGUUUAUCCCCCAGCAUGAUUCCUUUUGGGUUCACACUUAGCCCUCAGCCUUCCAUUCCGAAGGGGUUUCUAUCGGUCCUUCAUCUUCCUGUGCAAACAGGCGUGCUAACUGGAUUUCAGGGUUCACUGUCCUUCCCUGCACUCCUCCCUAUCCCACAGCCCCUUCAGCCAGAUGAACAGCUCCCAAAUUCUGGGCGAGAUUCCCAGGAACAAAGCAAGAAAAAAAAUCAGAACAAUUUGGGAAGUAAACAGCAGCUGAGGGGAGAGCCGGAUGGACCCAGGUGGGUGGCCCUCCAGUCCACCCGGUUUAGGGAAUGAGACCCUGCCCUCUUUCCCUCCCGCUUCACCUGGCUUUCAAGGGAGGGGUUUUUAAGGGCUGCUUCUUAAAGCAGAGGAGCAACGGCCCCGCAGCAGCCACAUUACACUCUGGAAGGAGUGCACUGGGCAAAAACACUGACCAUGACCCGAGACAGGCUGCCGCCUCUACCGCUGCUGUUGUUGCUAACCCUGUUACUCGCUGCCGGCUCAGGGUCGGGGGUGCAGACCAACUGUCGUGGGGGCUGCGUGGAGGAGGAAGAUGCAGGGUCGCAUGCAGAGGGCUGUGCAGAAGCCGGGGGUUGCCUCCGGAGAGAAGGGCAACCGUGCGGGGUCUACAUCCCUAAGUGUGCCCCAGGACUGCAGUGCCAACCGCGAGAAAACGAAGAGACACCUUUGCGGGCUCUGCUGAUGGGCCAGGGCCGCUGUCAACGCUCCAGGGGGCCGUCGGAGGAGACUAUAAAAGAAAGGAAACCCCAUGGAGGUGCCUCCCGCCAACGUGAUACAAGCCACAGAGACCGGCAGAAGAAUCCAGGGACCUCCACCACCCCUAUAAGGCCCAAUCCAGGGGCUGUUCAAGACACUGAGAUGGGUCCUUGCCGCAGACACUUGGAUUCCAUACUGCAAAACCUCCAGACUGAGGUCUUCCGAGGGGGGUCACCCGGGCUCUAUGUGCCAAAUUGUGACCUCAGAGGCUUCUACAGAAAGCAGCAGUGCCGUUCCUCUCAGGGGAAUCGCCGUGGUCCCUGCUGGUGUGUGGAUCCAAUGGGCCGGCCCUUGCCAGGGUCUCCAGAUGGCCAUGGAGGCUCUCAGUGCUCUGCCAGGGGCAGUGGCUAAAGCAGGGUGGAAGCCUCCAGGACACUGGCAAGAGCACAGGGCUGUCGUCUGAGAGUGGAGUGAUGGUCACCCGGGCUUUGUGCCCCAAGACCAGCCUUCAGGCCCUGUCCCAUUGUUCCCCUUGCCCUCGGCUUUGACACAUCUAGCUAGAAAAAAAUGCUGACUUGGGGCACUAAUAAAGCUGUGUUGGGGUCUCUGGUUUA